GUGUGCAUUUAGGGCGAACAUGGCCGCAGGUCCUCUCUCCGCUGUUUCCAACACGUCUACGAAUAACGAUGGAAUUCUUAUUGGCGACAGAGUGUAUUCGGAAGUUUACCUUACUAUCGACAAUUCACUUAUACCAGAGGAAAGGCUUUCGCCGACCCCGUCAAUGUCCGAUGGACUCGACCUGCACAUCGAGACCGACCUUCGAAUCCUGGGAUGCGAGCUGAUUCAGUCGGCUGGUAUUCUUCUCCGUCUGCCCCAGGUGGCUAUGGCUACCGGGCAAGUUCUCUUUCAUCGGUUUUUCUACUCCAAGUCGUUCGUAAAACACAGCUUCGAGAUUGUUGCCAUGGCCUGUGUCAAUUUGGCCUCCAAGAUCGAAGAAGCCCCAAGACGAAUCAGAGACGUUAUCAAUGUUUUUCACCACCUGCGACAAAUCAGAGGCAAAAGCGACCAGCUACAUUUACCAAACCCUGGGUGAUGUGGAAUGGUACGUAGAGAUGAAGCAGUCGGCAUGACAACCAUGAGGUGUCGCUCCCCCCCCACCCCCCUCCCUCCUGUUGGAGUCGCCCCUGGUCUUGAGUCACCGCGGGGCCCUGGGAUCGGGGAUGACAGGAGUGCAAGUUCAUUGAUUCUUGAUCAGAACUACAUAAAUACCAAAAACCAAGUGAUCAAAGCUGAACGGCGGAUCCUGAAGGAGCUGGGCUUCUGCGUGCACGUUAAGCAUCCUCACAAGAUCAUCGUCAUGUACCUUCAAGUCCUGGAAUGUGAGAAGAACCAAACGUUGGUCCAGACCGCCUGGAACUACAUGAACGACAGCCUGAGGACCAACGUGUUUGUGAGGUUCCAAGCUGAGACCAUCGCCUGUGCCUGCAUCUUCCUCGCUGCCAGAGCCCUGCAGAUGCCCCUGCCCUCCAGACCUCACUGGUACCUGCUGUUUGGAGCCACUGACGACGAGAUCAAGGAGAUCUGCCUCACCACCCUCAAACUCUACACCAGGAAGAAGCCUAACUACGAUCAUCUGGAGAAGGAGGUGGAGAGGAGGAAGAUGUUCCUGCAGGAGGCCAAGCUGAAGGCCAAAGGGCUGAAUCCUGAUGGGACCCCCGCGCUGUCUGCUAUGGGGGGCUUCUCCCCCGGCUCCAAACCUUGUUCUCCUAAUGUUGUGAAGUCAGAGGAGAAGUCCCCAAACCCUCAGAACCUGAAACCUGUCAAGAAGGAGACGGACAACCGAGCGCAGGGCUCCAAGAGCCCACACAACGGGAUGAGGAAGGAGGCCAGGAUUGGCAGGAACAGCAGGAGUGGGAGUGGCUCCCGGUCCAGAACACACUCUCACUCACGUUCCCGCUCCCCCCGCAGACAUUACAACAGCAGACGCAGUCGCUCGGGCACCUACAGCUCCCGCUCCCGCUCUCGUUCCCACAGCCGCAGCCCGUCGCCGCGGCGACAUCCGCCCUCGCCGCUGCUACCCCACCUCAAGCCGAAGCCCAGUCACCACGGCAACAGCGAACCCAAGCCGCCGGGUCGCCGCAGCAACAGCAGCGGGGGCGGGGCCCACAAGAGGAAGCGCUCGCGGUCUCGCUCGAGGUCGCGCUCGCCCUUCAAGGGAGAGCGGGAGAGGGAGAGGGAGAGGGAGCGCAGCUCGUCAGACCUCUCCUCCUCCAAGAAACACAAGCAUGAGAGGGGCGGAGGCCACCACCACCACCGCGGGGGCGAGAGGAGGGAGAGGUCCCGGUCGUACGAGCGGGAGAGAGAGAGGGAGCGCGCUCACAAGAGCAAGCACCAUGGCAGCAGCGGCCACUCAGGGCACGGACGGCACCGCCGCUGAGACGGGCUGGGAGAGGAGGCCGGGCCCCGGGGAGGACUCCUCCUGGGGCUUCUCAGAGCAGGGGGACGACACGGCCCAGAGCAGCUCAGCUCUGCCACCUCUUGGAGGGAUCCUGGCCUGCCUCGUUCAUUCAGCUUUGAUUUCUGUCUCUUCCUCCUCUGCAAACCCCCCCCCCCCAACCCCCUUUUUUCCCCCAAAAAAACUUUUUUAGUUUCAAUGUAAAGUUAUGGACUAUGGAAAUGACAUUUACAGUGUAAAGAUGGUGUAAACUGCUGACGUAUUGUGAACGCUUUGAUUUAUAAAAGCCCCUACUCAGUGGAAGAAGGAAUGAGUAUGUAUGUACAACAAUAAAAGGAUCAUUCAGGAACGACAUCACGACUUUUUGCACAAAAUAGAUUAUGGGAGACAACUUACAAGGGUUGUGUUUGUUAGAUCUAUGAUUUGGACAAGCUUGCGUUCUUCUAAAGCCGUAUUCUGUACAGACGCAGAGAUUAACUGGGGGUCUCCAGAAUGAGAGAGGCCAUAUUUUUUUACAGCUGUAUGCAGACUCUUGAUUUCCAAACCUUUUAGGAUCGUGGUGAAUUUGUUACACUGGUUUUUAGUCUGCACGUGUUCAUGUCAGAUUUUUACUCAAUAAAAAUUUAAAACCAUGA